CAGAACGCGGAAGCAAGAAUCCUUCUAGAAACAACGCUGAAUGCAUAUGUCAGCGGACAAGCAGCGCCCGAUUGAAAGCAAAGUUAAUUUCCAUUACUUCAAUUAAAUACUGCAGAAGGUAGUUUCCUAAGGUUUCUUCAAAGGCAGCGAUGGACAUCAAUGAGCUGAUCGCCGGUCUUGAGAGUGAUCUUAAAGAGAUCACGAGCCUGCUGGAGAAAUGUGAACGCCAGCGCGUGCGGGACGUGUUAACGCAAGAGCAGAAGAAGAUCGAGAAAGAGCUGGCGCAGAAACGACAGCAGAAACUGCAGCAAGCCAAGAAAGAGUCUGGAGACAAAACUGACACAAUACUCAAAGGAUACACAGUCAAAAUUAAUAAUUAUGGAUGGGACCAGUCUGACAAAUUCGUCAAAAUCUACAUUACACUAAAAGGAGUACAUACUAUUCCAGCUGAAAAUGUUGAGGCCAACUUUACAGAGAGAGGCUUCAGUGUUCUAGUCAAAGAUCUGGAUGGGAAGAACCAUCAAAUGACAGUCAACAACCUUUUAUAUCCCAUUAUUGUAGCAGAGAGUAGUAAAAAGAUAAAAACAGACAUGGUGCUUGUUAUGUGCAAGAAGUCGUCAACAAAAAAGUGGGACUGCUUGACACAAGUAGAAAAACAGUCUAAGGAGAAAGACAAACCCAACUUGGAUGAGAACGCUGAUCCAAGCGAGGGGCUGAUGAGCGUGCUGAAGAAGAUCUACACGGAUGGAAAUGACGAGAUGAAGCGCACUAUCAACAAGGCCUGGGUUGAGUCUCAGGAGAAGAAGGCCAAAGCAGAUGACUUUGACUUCUAAGCCAGUUUAUUGGUCUGCUUUCACAGUGAAACACCCAAAUUCAGCUGCUGCAUGCAUGCCAUUCCAAUUUAUUCAGAUAAUUUUAUGUAUUUUUGUACUUUUCUUUCCUGUUAAAUGCAGCUGUUGCUGAAAGUUUUGUUUCGUAAAGUGUUUCCAUUUCCACUGUAAUUUUCACAGCAUUCAUAAUUUUAAGUUGUUCCAUAUGGUAAACAAGGUUAUGGUAAACAGAUGUUCAGGAAAUUUUCAGUCAAUGUUAUUGCACUUAAGACCAUGUACCUUAAAUGUGGAAAAUGAAAAUAAAUUUAAAAAGUCA